AUGAGUGGUGUUACUAUUGAUAUUGGAAAAACACCUAAAAAUGGCCUCAAAACUGAAAAUGACAGUAAUAACUACCAUUACGAAGAUGAUUCUACCAGAGAAAGGGUCAAUGUAACCCUAGUUGAAAAACUCUCUGGGACUCCUGGAUAUAUAACACUUACCUAUACUCCACAUAACAGUGAAACUAAGAUCACUGGUAUUAAAGAAAGUGGGCUAAAUAAGAACGAAUUUAAUACUAAUAUCACAGAUAGUAAAAUUGUAACCGUAUAUUAUUGGUCGUUAGAUAACACUUUCAGUAAUCCACUACUUGUUCAAUUUGGAGAGGGAGGUUCCUCAGUUUAUUAUUACAUUACUGGUAAUGGUAAUACUUGGAAGACUGAAUCUGGUAUAAGUGGUAGUACUCUCAAGGACAAAUUGGAUAAGCAGAACUGUAAAAGAAACAAAGCCCACACUGUUGACAUUUCUAAGAAGAAUGAUACAAGUCGAGAUAUAAAGUACAAUUGUCCAGGUUGUGGUUCUAAGCCAAUUACAGUAAACAAGUAUGGUACUGACUAUGCUACUACUGACUAUUCCUGUUACUAUCAUUAUCUUCCCUCUGGAUCGGGCUAUAUUUCUGGACUCCAGGAUAAGGUAACGGAACAGACUGGAAUAAAAUUCACUGAUACAAUAUCUAUUGUGUAUGUAUAUCACUAUCCAAGCGGAUCUGAUGGAAUCCCUCUCUUGAUUUAUCUCCUAGGAUCACGUUGGUUUGAGAGGGCCUCUAUUGAUUCUAAUAACUGGACCGAAGUAAAAAAGGACAAACCAGGGAGUAUAGAUGAAAAGGGGAAAAUACUAAAGCUUCUAAGGGCUAAAUUACUGACUGUUACAAUAGACCUUGGACAAACCAAUGCUGAUAAUGGAGUAUCUGGUACCUACUCUGAUCUUCCUGGAGGUGGUGAAGGUAAACAAAUUGAAGUUGGAAGAAAGGAUCUGGGUGAUGGUUUCGUUAGUUUCGUUCAUAGUGUUAAAGGUAAAACAGAUUUUGUGGCUGGAGAUGUCAAACACAAUAAUGACACUCUACAAGGCAUAAAUAAAAGUUUUAUUCUUCAAAGUGUAACAGCGUACUAUGAGGGUGGUUUUAAACUUGACAAUCUUCUAAUGGUUAGACUGGAGAAAAAGAACGGUCAGGACAAAUACGUAUAUUAUAGUAGGGAAGACGGAGGAUCUAGAUGGAUUCCUCUCUAUGAUCAAACCGGUAAAAUAGAUGGUUCCUCUCUUACCACCAAACUUUACCAGUCAAAGAAUGAUCUUACCAAGCUAUAUGGGAUAAAGAGUAAGCUUGAGGUUAAAAGGGAGGGCAGUUAUCAAUAUACUGUUGGAGUUUCUGCAGGUAUUAUAGCGGGAAUUAUCAUUGGAAUUAUAUGCGCAGUGGCAUCCAUUGCCUUUGUAGUUUGGUGGAAGAAGAGAUUCAUUGCAAAACUUAUAAUUAAUUUAUAA